AUGAACGCUGGCGACAAGUGUUCGCCGGAGGAGUUCACCCUCUGGAAAGGCGCCAAGAUACUUUGGCCUGUCGAUAUGCCUGACUAUAUCGUCGACUUCAUUGUCGUCCGCUGCAAGCAACUCGUGGAAGAGUUCAACCCAGACAAGAACCCUCUGCAGAUCGCGGAAACGUUGAAAAAGGAGCUUGACGAAAAGUGGGGCGUGUACUGGCACGUUACAGUCGGGAACAAUUUCGGGAGCUACGUUGUGCACCAGAAAAGGCGCUUCAUUUACUUCACUAUCGGCCAUGUUUCGUUCCUGAUAUACAAGGCUCAUUGA